AACCCUUAUGACAAGAAUUAUGCUCUGUAUUUUAGAUAUAUCGAAAAAUUUCUCUAUAAUGAAAUACAAACCGAACUGAAUUUGAUCCGUUACAAUCCAAUUUAACUCAAUUUUCUUGAUGAAUAUUUAUAAGAACCGAAGAAACCAAAUUGUAACUUUUUUUCGAUUUCAAUUCCAAUUUUAGAGGUGAACCGGACCGUGCUCAUCUUUAAAUUUGAUGUAAUUUUGGUCGGGUCGGGAUUGUCCGGGGAGAAUCCUGUGCCAUUUUAGUCAUCACGUUUCAAUUUUCAAUCUCUUUUCCUAAUGCCACUGUUCACGCCCAGUGCUGUUUCUGGUGUGGUGAACUGAUGGCACUUCCCGCCAUCGCAAGAAGACUGCGAAGCAAACAUUCCCAGCUCUUCCUAUCACACACCCUACUCCCAUCCAUUUCUGACUCACCGUCUCCGCCUCGUUCCUCACAACUUCUCCUCCGCGAUCUCUGUCAGACGUUUCAUCGAACACUUCUUGUGCUCCCGCAAACCCCUCGCCAUUUCUGUACUCUCCAGCCCUUCUCAGCCCAAACCCUCAACGACCCUUUGGGCUUCAAUGGCCAACGAUUCAACAAAAACCACCCCCGCGACUCGGGUUUCACCCAAUUUCUCGAAUUGCUCAAACGCGCCGCCGAUUUUGCCUCAGAAGCCGAGACCAUGGCUUUUCUCGACGAGUCGGGCAUCAAGGUGGAUCGAGAAGCGGUGCUUUUGGCGAUUUGGGAGUUGAGGCAAGAUUGGAAAUCGGCGUUUUUGGCUUUCCAAUGGGGUGAGAAGUGGGGCUGUUGCAACGAAGAGGCUUGUAGUCUGAUGGUAUGGAUUCUGGGGAGUCACAAAAAGUUCAGUACUGCUUGGUGUUUGAUACGAGACUUGCAUCGGGCUUUGAUGGAUACGCGGCGUGCAAUGCUUAUUAUGAUUGAUAGAUAUGCAUCUGUGAAUGAUCCGUGUAAGGCCAUUAAGACAUUCCACGUAAUGGACAAGUUCAGAUUGACUCCUGAUCAAGAAGCAUUCCACAUCCUCUUGAAUGCUCUCUGUAAAUAUGGAAACAUUGAAGAAGCUGAAGAGUUCAUGCUUGUAAAUAAGAAGCUUUUCCCACUGGAGACCGAGAGCUUUAACAUUAUUUUGAAUGGGUGGUGUAACAUAUCUGUUGAUGUUUUUGAAGCCAAGAGAGUUUGGAGAGAAAUGUCAAAAUGUUGUGUUACACCAGAUGCAACUUCUUAUACGCACUUGAUCUCCUGCUUCUCAAAGGUUGGGAAAUUAUUUGACUCCCUUAGGCUCUAUGAUGAAAUGAAGAAGAGGGGUUGGAUCCCUGGGAUCAGCGUUUAUAGCUCAUUAAUUUAUGUUCUCACUUGUGAAAAUUGUUUUAAAGAAGCUCUCAAAAUACUGGACAAAUUGAAAGAAGAGGGUUUGCAGGCAGAUGCUACCACGUAUAACUCAAUGAUAUGUCCUUUAUGUGAAUCAGAAAAGCUAGAGGAGGCGAGGCAGAUGUUGAGCGCUAUGAUAGCCGAUAAUCUCAGCCCAACCACUGAGACUUACAAUGCGUUUCUCCAGAGCACAGGUUUAGAGGGAACUCUUGAAAUUCUUAAUCGGAUGAAGAAAGCUAAUUUAGGUCCCAGUAGCAGUACCUUUCUUAUGAUUCUUGGAAAGUUCUUCAGAUUAGAGCAACCUGAAAUGGCAUUGAAGAUGUGGACGGAAAUGAAGCAGUAUGGAGUAGUGCCUGAUUCUGCACAUUACACAGUAAUGGUACAAGGGCUGGCAGCUUGUCGGUUGUUAAUUAAGGCCAAGGAAAUAUUUUCUGAGAUGAAGACUGACGGAUUUGUAGAAGAUCCAAAGCUUAAGAGGCUUUUGGAGGAGCCAGGUAGUCGUGUUAAAGGAAAACGGAGACCGAAACCAGUCAAGCAGGCAACAAAGGUUAAUCAAAACCAAGGCAGUACAAAGAGAUGGAAUAGUCUGCGCCAAUCAUGAAAGAAAAAGGCAUCAAUUGAAUAGUUUAAGCUCAAAUUCGACUGCAUGCGGAACAUUUCUAAAAGAUAUGGGUUGUAGUUAUUGGCCAAGUCAUUGAGGAAGCUGCUUCUGCAAACAUCGACUCAUAGAAACAGUACCACUUAUGCUAUCUGGUUUUCAUCCGUGGCAGCUGAUUAAGACAAAAAUUAAUCUGGCAUUGAGAAAGGAGCUCAGCUUCUUCAAUAAUGCAAAAGUUUAUCAAAGAGCAUUUAAUUCACAGUUUUCUGGUAUAUUCGGGAAUCAUUGCUGUUGUUUCUCGAUGUUCCUGGUAUGUUUUCUACUUGAUCCCUCGUGUUCAUAUUGUACUUCUGGCAGAUGACUCCAACUUUGGUCAAUUAGUCAUGAACGUGAUUAGUUUAUCGUGGUUUCCAUGAUUUGGAAGCACACUAUUUUCCUCUUUUCGUUGUUGCUUUUGUUUGCUCAUACUGAACAAAGACUUGUUAACAUUUGGUGAACGAAGACUUGUUUGGAAGUGUAGUAUUUUUUUUUCUUCUGCA